AUGUCCGCCCCGCGCCCGGGCCACGUCAGCCGCCGAGGGGAGCGGCGGAGGCGGCCGCCAGGCUCCGCCCUGGCCCGGCCCGAGCACAGCGCCCGCCCCGCCGGAUACAUUUAUUCUCAAGCCAGGGCCGCAGCCGGGCCCUGUCAGCCCUCGCGGCGCCGAGAACUACCCGCCCCAGCGUGCCCCGCGCCGGGGGCCGCCUACAAUUCCCAUCGUGCUCAGCGCCGUACGGACUACAGCUCCCAGCGCGCCCCGCGGCCCCGGUGGUGCCGCCGCCGGUACGGGCGGGCAGCGGCGGCCCUGGCGGAGGGGGUACCGGAGAGCUCGGGGCGCAGCGCGCCGCCGCCCCGGAGGCCCCCCGGCGGCCCCCGGCGGAGCGGCGGCGGCGGCUUCAAGUCCCCGGUCCCGGCCCCAGCCUCCUGCCGCCCUCCCGGGGCCAGCGGAGAAGCCCUGCGCCGUGAGAUCGAGGAGCUGCGACAGAAGGAGCUCGCUCUGGACCAGGAAAUUGCACAGCUCUUGUCCGAAGGCUACAGCCUGGAGGAGUUGGAGAAACACAUCGCUCUGCUCCAUGAGUAUAAUGAUAUUAAAGAUGCUGGACAGAUGCUGCUGGGCAGGCUGGCUGUUAUCCGAGGAGUUACUACAAAGCAGCUGUACCCCGAGUAUGAUCUGGAGCUCAGUGACUAGCACUGAACCUAAAGACUGCCAUAUCCUGCAAAGAGGACUGAGUUGUGCUGUCAUUCCUGUUUAGAACCAGCACAAGGUUGCCUCAGAUGUGUGUAUGUAAAAUUUCAGGAGAGCUGUUAACAGCCUUGUUCUAAGAGGCUUUGGAAUGCCAAAUUAUUAAUCUAUCAGCUGGUUCCUGCUUGUGGAAAGGAGCCUUGGAGAUGUGGACUUUGGAUAAAUUCGGUUUUGUAUGCUACCCGAUCAACACUAUUUUUAUUUUUUUAUUGGAAAUGUAAUUCAAGGUUGAUGCUAAGACUGUUCCCAUCGAGCCUUUGUUUCUCUUCAACAUCCAGGGUCUAUUUGGAUAUGCUAAUCUGCAGGUGGAAGCAGCUACUGCUGAAUGGAUAGGGGAAGUGAGGGCACACAAAUGUGCGAUGUAAUAGUUUUCCUGAAGGAAAAGAGAAACCCUUAGAAAUAUGGAGGACAGAAGGCUGAAGUUUGGUUUUGUUUUGCUUUUUAGGAUUGGAUUUGGAGAAGUUUGAGUGUUUUGUAUUUUUGCACUUAACCGCUCAGGUAUCUAGAGAUUUUUUUAUCAUUUCUAUAGUAAAAUGUGAAGUUGUAUUGAACUAUCCAGUCUGAAUAAAGCAGCUGUCACAUCUCUCA